AUGCAGUGGCUGAACAUGAUCAUGGCAGAAUCACCCGGCCUCAUCACCAUCUGCCUUUUAGGAUAUCUACUCUGUGCUGAAUGUGCAGUUUUUCUUGAUCGUGAAAAUGCCACCAAAAUUCUGAAUCGGCCAAAGAGGUAUAAUUCAGGUAAACUGGAAGAGUUUGUUCAAGGGAACCUUGAGAGGGAAUGUAUAGAAGAAAAGUGCAGUUUUGAAGAAGCACGAGAAGUUUUUGAAAACACUGAAAAAACCACUGAAUUUUGGAAGCAGUAUGUUGAUGGAGAUCAGUGUGAGUCCAAUCCAUGUUUAAAUGGCGGCAGUUGUAAGGAUGACAUUAAUUCCUAUGAAUGCUGGUGUCGAUAUGGAUUUGAAGGAAAGAACUGUGAAUUAGAUUCAACAUGUAGCAUUAAGAAUGGCGGAUGCAAGCAGUUUUGUAAAAAUACCGCUGAUAGCAAGGUGGUUUGCUCCUGUACUGAGGGAUACCAACUUGCAGAAGACCAAAAGUCCUGUGAACCAAUAGUGCCAUUUCCAUGUGGAAGAGUUUCUGUUUCAUCCAAUUCUGAGACGUUCACCCGUGCUGAGACUAUUUUUUCCAAUAUAGACAAUGAAAAUUCUACUGAAGAUGAAACCGUUUUGGAUAACGUCACUCAAAGCACCCAGUCAUUUAAAGACUUCACUAGGAUUGUUGGUGGAGAAAACGCCAAACCAGGUCAAUUCCCUUGGCAGGUCCUUUUGAGUAGUGAAACUGAGGCAUUCUGUGGAGGUUCCAUCAUUAAUGAAAAAUGGGUCGUAACUGCUGCCCACUGUAUCAAACCUGGCGUUAAAAUUAUAGUUACUGCAGGUAAACAUAACAUUGAAAAGACAGAACCUACAGAGCAAAAGCGAAAUGUGAUUCAAGUUAUUCCUCACCACAGCUACAACGCAACUAUUAAUAAGUACAGCCAUGACAUUGCCCUUCUGGAACUGGAUAAACCCUUAAAGCUGAAUGGCUAUGUGACACCUAUUUGUGUUGCCAACAAGAAAUACACAAACAUCUUCCUCAAAUUUGGAUCUGGCUAUGUGAGUGGCUGGGGAAGAGUCUUCAGCAAAGGGAGAACAGCUUCAACUCUUCAGUACCUUAAAGUUCCACUUGUUGACCGAGCCACGUGCCUUCGGUCUACAAAGGUCACCAUCUGUAGUAACAUGUUCUGUGCUGGCUUCCAUGAGGGUGGUAAAGAUUCAUGUCAAGGUGAUAGUGGGGGACCCCAUGUUACUGAAGUGGAAGGGACCAGUUUCCUAACGGGAAUUAUUAGCUGGGGUGAAGAGUGUGCAAUGAAAGGCAAAUAUGGAAUAUAUACCAAGGUCUCCUUGUAUAUCAACUGGAUUAAGGAAAAAACAAAGCUCACUUAA